UAUACUUAUGUACUUGCCUUAUUUUAUAUUUCUCAUCUGCCGCACAGAGAUUUAGUUCAGUGUUAUAAACCAAACUCUCAACUUUUACACUUCGUUUUCUUUUCCCAUCUUCAACAACUCAUCACCAUUUGAGAUUCACCACCCAUCAGCUGCUUUUAUUAGUGAUACAUACAUCCUCACCAUGAAUGACACCUUUACACUUCCAGUCCGGUCCCGCCCUCUAGGCCUCAAGUUAGGGGAUGCACCAGACUCCUACAGCAAUAACACCAUUCCAGGCACACAGCUGAGCGAACUUAAUGUACAAAAAAGAGCACCUGUUACCCGGAAGAAACUCGAGGAUCUGGAAAACAUCAGGCCAGCAGCAUCCUAGAGAGAUUUCCGGUCAAAUGGGCGGCCUUUCCCCGAGGCUGAGGCACAUACAAACCCGACCAGUCGAACGACCUCCAGACAAGAUGCAUUUCUUCAGAAUGGAGCUUUACUACCACUUACCCACCGCGAUCACUUUCGUGAAGAAGCACAGCUGAACGAUGCACCCGAUGACCAAAUCCGCAAACCAUCAACGACUGAUGUUAUUUCAGACCAGUUCUCUAUCCUACAAAUGGUAAGAGAUAACCUGAGACCUAUGAGAUCGCAAGCGCCCUCUCCAGAGUCCGUACAUAGAGCUCCAAGGAGCACAUCUUCAUCAUACCAUGACCAAGGUAUUGGAUUUAGUGAUGUGCCAUCACCGGCAUCAGACACUCGCAUGCCAAGUUUGGACUUGGGCGAUUUGAUGAAAUAUAGUCGCUUCAACGACCGGCUAUCCGGUCUGAGAUCUUCAUCAAGCUCUUCUGUUGCUGCGAGAGUUAUGAGACAAGGAAGCACCCACAGGACAGGAGUCGAUGAGGCAGCUGCUUUCGGGCACCUGCAACGACUACCCAUCCAGUCCUACCACUACUUUGAGAUUGUAUCAAGUUCGGAAGACCUACAGUCAAAUGUGACGCCUCCUCAGGAGACCAUGGCGAGACAGCCUUCAUUGGAAGACACUAUCGGGCUUGAAGGGACUUACCCCCUGACACGGAUGAAGGCCCGAAUCCAGACCCAAAUUGAUAGCCCAACAGAAAACCGGCACUCAGACAGUCCUAGUCCGCCAAUCAAACCGCCACAGGUGGAAAGAAGAAGCAAGAGAAAAUCUUCUGUCAUGUCUCUUCGAAGCUUGACAGAGGGAGUGAAACGGUCUCGAGCCGGAGUUGAGAAACUGGCACACAAUAUUUGUCAUAACAGCUGCAAUAAACUUCGCCAUGCCUAUCAGAGUGUCAGGCGUCAACAUAAAGAGCAGAGAAAACACCACUCGGCCUGGAAGACACUGCGCCGCAAACUUAGACCUGAGGAUGCCAGCAAGCCUAAACAUGAGAAAGAAUCUGCGUCUUUCUCGAUCGAGCAAGGCGGGCGUGGAACUGACUCUUGGUGGAAAGCCGGCGUAGAGAAGUAUCACGCCCCUAAGUGGAUGCGCUUUGGGAAAUAGAUUAUAAAUAACUUACAUGGCAAAUCGUUUGAGAAAAUCAAGUUACAAACGGUAUUAGUUUAGCAUCACGAGGUGUUAGCUAGCAGCAAGAAGAAGAAGAAAGUGUACAUGGUCUAACAAUCAAGUUUACCUCGGUAGCGAUCAUUCCGUGAACAAUAAAUUUUUAGGAGCUGCGAGUUUGAAACAGUGGUUAUUAAAAUUGCCUUAUAACAUAUAUCGAAAAACAACAGCCGCUGAUUUGCGUCUCCCAGGGCCAACGAGGCCUUCUUCCUCAACCUCGUCACCUCCCUGCCGACGCUCACUCUCAGCCCGGUCAAAUUUACGAUUUUGAUACUUGAGAUAAAAGCGAAGAGCAUACGCUAGUAUGGAGACCAGAAGCAUAGCGAUUGCACAUGUGCUCAUCCCAGGCGCAUAAUAGGGAGCAUCUCGAUCCGGAUACAACCUGGUACCCACGAGCGGUCCGCACUGGCCAACGAGUUGGAGGAGAGCAAAGCCACCGCCUUGACGGCUCUGGCUGGCUUGGUUGUUGAUGCUCCAAGUAAUGAUGAGAGUGACGACAUUGAAAAAGCCUAUAGCGGCAGGAUAUACGGCCAUAUAACGGAUGAAAUUAGGAAGAUUAAGGGGUUUAGCCAAAGCCAGAAUGGCGUAGCCACUUGAUGAAGCGAGGGCAUGGAAUAUUAGAGGUACGGUGCGUGUGCGCAGACGAUCAGACAUGUGCGCUGUGAAGAGGACGAUGACAAAAGCCGCCAAGUAUGGGGGAGCACUGAGAGCUUGAGAGGUGAGAGUAUCGUGACCCAUCUCAGUGAGUAUCUUGGGGAGGAAGACGGGGAGAGAGGAGUACGCCAUGUUGGUGAGGAAGAACAUGGUUGCAGUGAUCCACGCAACAGGGUCACGAAAUAUUGCUAGAACAUCGCGACCUUUGAGACCAGACGAAGGCUUAUUGUUUGUGGCCGUCGACUGCUCGCUGCGAAGGCGUAGAUGGGCAACCUUUUUCUCACGCUUGGUCAAGUAAGGAGCUGUCUGUGGAGAGUCAGGGAUGACGUUCCAGGCUACUACAGACGCGAUGACGGAUGGGAACCCCUCAAUGAUAAAGAGAAGACGCCAGGGAGCAAUAGGGCCAAACUCAGCAAACUUAACAAUGAGCCAGGCGAGCGUUGAAGCAAACGUCGUAGCCAAGGGUGCCGCUGCGACAGCUGUAAGCUUUUCUUCUUUGACAUCCCAACAGGGGAUUACAUACCAGAUAUGAAAAUAGCAGUCCGGAAUGCAAGCUCCUCUCGUUUGAAGAAGAA